GGACGUGGUAUUACUAUAACACUAUAGUGCGCUCCCCUCCCUUCUUUAUCGGAAUGCUGUUCGGGUUCGGUCUGUACGUCCUCAAGAACGAAAAACUUCAUUUACCGAAGUGGAGCAUCUGGCUCUGCCACGGCGGGGCCUUAGUGUUAUCCUUGCUGGUGAUGUUGGCGGAGCACCCGGGUACCCGCGCGUUCUUCGACCACCACCUGCCGGCUCUGAACCUCAAGCUGGCCCUGGCCCGCACCUGCUGGGCGCUGGCGCUCGGCUGGCUCAUCUUCGCAUGCACUCAGGGUUAUGGAGGUCCCGUGAACUGGUUCCUGUCGCUGCGGCUGUGGCGGUUCGUGGCGCGCGUCUCCUACGCCAUGUACUUGUUCAGCAACAUCUUACAAGAGGAACCGGACGCCACCGGCGGCGUCAACUACUUUGACAUACGCGCACUGCUGUGGCGGUUCUGCGGCGACGCGGCGGUGACGGUAGCGGUGUCGGUGGCGGCCAUCGUGCUGGUUGAGGCGCCGCUGCACACGCUCCUGGCCCCGCUCCUCAAGCCCCGCUCUACCCACAAGCCUUAA